AUGGCCUUCGAAUCUCUACGUUGUGCUCGAUGCGGGACUCAUCAUGAUCCCGUACGGUUCCCAGAAGCUCACUGCCGAGACAGCAAUUGCUACCGCUGUGGGAAGCGAGGUCAUAUGAGUCGUGCUUGUCCCGAACCACUACCUCAGAAACCCGAUACCACCCCUUCAAGCUCUACUGGUACCGAAGGGGCCAAGAUUCAGGCUAAUGUAGUCCAGAUCACUGACUCCGAUGGGUCUGGAUUACCCAUGAUAAAAUUAGCCAUCUCAUCACCUGACUACGACUCGCCCAAGCCCGAAGGUCGUGUAGCUACUAACGCUCUACUGGAUUCUGGUGCUGAACAACCGCUAUGUGCCGAAGAUGAGUAUAAUCGAUGGUGUGAUGCUGGUCUCGUCCUCCCACUAGUCCCUGAUCCACGGACCAUCAUCUUCGGUAACCCCUCACACCAAUCAUCGACUCUCGGUAGAGCUAGUGUGAUCCUACAUCUCGACGACCGAACUUCUAUCGUGGCCGAUAUACUAGUGGUCAGGUCGCUCAACUACCCCUUCAUCGUGCCAACUAGUCUAUUACGACGUACAGGUGGUGCGGUAUGGAUGAUCUACCCUAAUGAUGCUCAGCAAGAUAGAAUCAUAGUUGGUCAGGAAUGUCAACAGCUACUGGCUACUCCUCUUGACCCCAGGUCCGAUAUGGAGGCAACUGCCCCUUCUCCUUAUGUGAAAUGCCAUCAAGUGACUGCGAAGAACAUCAACGAUAUGAGCCUCAACGAUGUGUCUAUCAACCAUCAACGAGUGAAGAACAGCCCCAAGGCC